CGCUCUUCGCGCUCUCGCUGAUUCCUUGUCGCGGCCGUUGGGGAAAACAUGGCGGCGGCGGCGAUGAAGCAGGAGUUGACGGUGCUGAUGAACUCCAGCGGCUCUCACAAGGAUUUGGCCGGAAAGUACCGCCAGAUCCUGGAAAAGGCUUUACAGCUCACAGGAGCAGAGCAGCUAGAGGCUUUGAAGGCUUUUGUUGAAGCUAUGGUUAAUGAAAACGUCAGUCUAGUGAUUUCCCGGCAACUGCUGACUGACUUUUGCUCGCAUCUACCGAAUCUUUCUGAUGGUACUGCCAAAGAAAUUUACCACUUUACUUUGGAAAAGAUCCAGCCUAGAGUUAUUUCAUUUGAAGAACAGGUAGCUUCUAUAAGGCAGCAUCUAGCCACCAUUUAUGAGAAGGAAGAAGACUGGAGAAAUGCAGCUCAAGUUUUGGUGGGAAUUCCACUGGAAACUGGACAGAAGCAGUAUAAUGUGGACUAUAAGCUGGACACUUAUCUGAAAAUUGCUCGUUUGUAUCUGGAAGAUGAUGAUCCUGUUCAAGCAGAAGCUUACAUUAACCGGGCGUCUCUACUUCAGAAUGAAUCAACCAAUGAACAAUUGCAGAUACAUUACAAGGUGUGUUAUGCUCGUGUCCUUGAUUACAGAAGGAAAUUUAUAGAAGCUGCUCAGCGAUAUAAUGAACUUUCGUAUAAAUCUAUAGUUCAUGAAACGGAGCGCCUAGAGGCAUUAAAGCACGCACUACACUGCACCAUUCUUGCAUCGGCAGGACAGCAGCGAUCCCGUAUGCUGGCAACCCUUUUUAAGGAUGAACGCUGCCAGCAACUUGCAGCUUAUGGAAUUCUAGAGAAAAUGUAUCUAGAUAGAAUUAUUCGAGGGAAUCAGUUACAGGAGUUUGCUGCUAUGCUGAUGCCUCACCAGAAAGCAACAACUGCUGAUGGUUCCAGUAUACUGGACAGGGCUGUCAUUGAGCACAACUUGCUUUCUGCCAGUAAACUCUACAAUAAUAUCACAUUUGAAGAGCUUGGAGCUUUGCUCGAAAUACCACCAGCCAAGGCAGAAAAAAUAGCUUCUCAGAUGAUCACUGAGGGGCGAAUGAAUGGAUUUAUUGAUCAAAUUGAUGGAAUCGUUCAUUUUGAAACUCGUGAAGCUUUGCCUACAUGGGACAAACAAAUCCAGUCCCUUUGUUUCCAAGUGAACAAUCUCCUGGAGAAGAUCAGCCAGGCUGCCCCCGAGUGGACGGCACAGGCAAUGGAAGCUCAGAUGUCACAGUAACAGCCUGACUCAAAUGCAUGAAGUUGUAGCCAUCACCAUAAUUCAGUUGACCGCCUCCCUCACCUCCCUAUUUAAAAGACUGAAUUUAAUUUUUCCAGAACUAACUUUGCAAUUGAAGUUAUGUGGAAUUUUUUUUGCAGAUAGGAAGAUAAACAUUUCUGCAUUACACAUGCAAGUUUUUGCUUCAAUAAUCCUGGAUCCAUUCAUGGGGGUUAUCUUUGAAUGAGGCAAUUGAGAUUUGUUCAGUGAAUUUGAUUGCUGUUUAUUGAAUUCAGAAGGCUGUCGCUCAGUUUGCUAUAAACAGUCUGGUUUAAUUGAAAAACUGAAGAACUUCAUCUUUGAUGCAUUAUUAAAGGAAUCAAUCCAGAUUGCUUGGGAAUUGUUUGCUGAAAACUGAAGACAACAACAGAUGGAAUCUGUGCUAAUGCGAGUUGUUAUUCAAGAAAAUAAACUCAUCCUAAAGCAGAUAUUGACAUGGACUGUAUUACUUUGAGAAUAUCCUCUUUUCAUGUAAUUAACUGUUUAUUAUGUAAUAACUUUGCUAUAAUAAAAAACUGGGAUUUACAUAUCUCAUUAAAAAAUAAAAUCAAAGGUUGAUUUUGGUUUUCAAAAGUGAGUGAUGCUCAUAUUUAAAUGUUAGUUUUACAUGCUGCUGCCUUGCAAAGUUUUAUUCAUGGUAGAUAGUUGUAAAUCCUCCUAAAUAAAGAAACCUUAUCUUCUAUACAUC